AUGGGCGCUGAUCCGAAUCAUACUUUUUGAGAUCCUACGACAAUCUUUCGUGGAAACACGUUGGCGUCGACGUGUUUGAACGAGUUCAUGAUGAUAGUGGGUCGAACGUAUCUGCAGUCCACGUUGAAGUCGAGUUUGGAAAAGGUGCUACGAGAGAAGAAGCCGUGUGAAAUUGAUCCCAAGAAAAUUGCCGACAGCGACUCUCCGAAAAGCGAGGUGUUGAAGGAGAACCUUCAAAACCUGAAGGAAAUCGCGGAAGAGACGCUGAGCAGCAUCGUGAACAGCGCGUCGCGAUGCCCACUCCUCAUGUGCCAGAUGUUCUCAGUGCUCAAGCAGCUCGCCGAGGAGUACUUUCCGACUCGACCGGAAGUGAAGUACUCUGUCAUGUCGGGCUUCGUGUUCCUGCGUUUCUUCACCCGCGCCAUCGGCGACCCGAAAAAGUUUGAUCUUGUGACCGAGCCCGCGGGCGACGCCAUGACAUCGCGGACGCUCGUGCUCUUGUCAAAGAUCGUCCAGAGUUUGGGGAAUCACGUUGCCGCCAAGUCGGCGCCGCAAGUGGCCAAGGAAGAUUACAUGUCGCCGGUCAUGGAGCGGUUCGUGAGCCCGAGUUGGGUCGACGCCAUUUGCGGCUUCCUGGAGACCAUCUCCACGUUUCCCGUGCAAAGGGAUCGGUGUGAUGAGCCACCGAUGCUCCUGAGAGAGGGGUGGAUGAUGAAGAAAAGCUGUGGAAAAGGAAACGUGUUCCGGCCGCGGAAGAGCUUUACGAACCGGCACUUCACAUUGACAACAACGGAAUUGCGCUACGCGGGCAGUAAGGACAGCAAGACGCCGAAUCGGAUCCCGGCGUCCCACAUCCUGGACGUGGAGCGGAUGGAGGACUCCUCCUUCAGCUCCUCCAUGUGCAUGUCCAAUCUGCUAAGGAUCAAGCUGCCCAACAACAAAUCUCUCAUCAUCCAGGCGAAGAAUUGCGUGGAGCAGAAGCAGUGGAUGGAGUCGCUGAACAGGGUGCGGUUGGCAAACGCGAACCGACUGGAGAAAUGUCACCCUGGCGCGUUCCGGGAUGGGAAAUGGGAAUGGUGCGCGAAGAAUUGCGUGGAGCAGAAGCAGUGGAUGGAGUCGCUGAACAGGGUGCGGUUGGCAAACGCGAACCGACUGGAGAAAUGUCACCCUGGCGCGUUCCGAGAUGGGAAAUGGGAAUGUUGUGAGUCGUAUUGCGAGCGGAACCGGGGCUGCGAGCCAGUGACGACGAGCGACGUGCGACUCAACAUUGACGUGCAGCGAGAGAUGGAGUGUAUUUACAAUUUGUGUGCGAGCAAGCUGGGCGAGAUGCGUGGGAUCCUGAGUCGAAUCAAUGAAACGACUGCAGACAGUGGAAUGUGCGGAAGCGGUGAGGCGAUUUACUUCAACACGGAUGCCUAUGGGGUCCGUUGGUACGAAGCACCAGAUGUCAACACUGAACCAGAGUUCAGCAGAACUCUGCAAAUUACGUUGCAGAAACUUUGCGAAUACGUUGAGGAGUUGUUGAGAAUCCACACGGAUUACCUGGACGAUCAUCGGCGGAGAAAUCGCAUCGGUUCUCUGCAAUUCCCGAUAGGAGAAGAAAAUUACCCGAGAGUUUCACCAGCGAAACAGCAGCAAGUGUUGCAGCCGCUGGCGCAGAGCACUGGGAACGUGUCUAUUUUUAAAACGCGUUCCAGUCCCGGCUGAAGAGAAGUGUGUAAUCCCAUUUUUGUUCUGUUUUUUUUUCUCGUUUUACGCGAAUGGCGAAAUUCCUUGUUGCGUGGGUGCUCACAGCGGGGACUUUUUUUGUGCGAGAUGGGGGAAGGAGGAGGAUAAUCAACCAUGGACCUCGUGUUCCCUCGAGCGAUUCGACUUUUUCCUCCGUGUCGUCGGAGUGAAAUGGUAUUGCUUUUUUUUAUACCUGGAAAUGUUUUUGUGUACUUUUCCGAAAUGUCAGGGUUCCAACCUCCUUUUUUUUUAGCAAGGGGGAGGUGAGUGCGGGAUUUAAGGUUUACCUCGAAAGAAAAGUGUCAGUUUUACAACGGAAACUUUCGGGAAAAGGAGAAAAAAGGAAAUGUUGGUUCUGGGUUGAAGGCCUUUUUGCAAAAAAAAAAUAUACAUGUAUAAUCCGCGUGUUGUGGAUCAGGAAUGGUGUUGUUGAUGGGUGCUAGAAAGAACGGGAUCCCGGGGUUGUGAGCACCCACGUUGUGUCGUAGCGCCAGCAGCCCUAGACGUCCGUGUCCCCCAAAGAGAGAGAGACUGAGUGAGAGAAAAAGAAGAGAAAAACGUAGAGCAAACAAGGGUAGCUAACAAAGAAGAAGGAGAAAACAUUUUUGAAUCAGUGGAAGAAAACUAUGAUACUUUCUGUGAAAAAGAAUUCUCGUUAUUUUGUUUCCCCGCGAGAGAAAAAAGAAAAGGCGUAUGUGAGAGAGAGAAACACCGAGAGCUUUCUUCUGGUUCGCAGUUCGUUUUUUGUUUUUAUUUCCCUGCUCUUGGGAAUGUGUCAUAUUUUAACGAACUUGACGGUCAUUAUUUUUUUCCGCGUGAAAGAGGGUCGAGCAACCGAAGGAAGCUUAUAUUUAAAAAAAAAAAAAAAGAGAGAGAAAAAUUGGAGUUUUUUUGAGUGCUGUACAUGGGACAAGUGACGAGUAUUUUUUGGCUCUCUCCCGUUGCAAAAGAAGAGUUUUUGCGUUUCCGUAUUUUGCUGCUGUUCCGAAGUCGGACAGGAAAAUGCCAGACGAGCGGGCUGUUUUUAUUUUUUUCUGGUGGCCAUUUAUUUAUGAAGCGCUUGGGAAAGUUCGAAAGAUUAAAAAAAAAUUAGGAUUGAUAAUGACCUUUUUUUAAUGAAGAGAAAGCUCUUUCAAUCAAUGCAGACGCAUAUUUAACAUAUUUUUGAUGGAUGGAUACACCGCUCGAAGCGCAUCUUGAAAUCCGCUUGUUUAAACUCGGCUUUAAUUUCAGAAUUUGUUCGGAGAAAAACCAUCGCUAAAACUUUGGAAACCUUACUGUUUCUAACUCAUAUUUCAGAGUUGAGAAUCCAAGAUGAAUUCAUAUGAAUUUUGAGAAUAAAAUGGGAGCUUCAUUUUGUCGAGGAACCACCAAAAACGUAGAUUUUUCAGCGCAAUAUUUUCGAAGAAAAUGUGCAAAUUUCAGUGGCUUGAAAAUGCAACUCCGCGAUCAUUUCUUGAGUCUGUCGUACACCGAUUUCUAAAGGUUACCAUGAUGAGCCUGGAUGACCCAAAAAUGUGUACAGAAUCUCGCGUUUUUCAAUUUUUACUUGUUGGUCUGGGAAUAGAUAAUCUGAGUUAACGAAGAUGAACGCACUCGUUUUCAGAGCAGAUUUUUUUUUAAUCAAAAAAUCAUAAUGAACGAUGGUUCAUUUUUAUUCGGGCGACAAUCUGUACUUUUUGUUUUCUGCAAAUAUUCAUGAUUUCCUCCGAGUUAACGAUUUUUGAAUUUUAAUUUAAACUAUUAGCUGCUGUUGGAAAUUCAGUGUGUCAAAACUUUAUGGCGAUUAUUUUGAGAAACUUUUGGAUGUGUAACCUUUUUAUGAAAAAGAUGCAUGGACGUGUAAGUCCCUCAGAUUGUCUGCAAACUUUUGAACCUUCCCACGUUCGCCGAGAAUUUGUUUCGGAACAGCAGGAAAAUGACUGAAUUGGUGUUUUUUUUUUAUUGCGAGACCCCCGUGAACAUUGUGAUCUUCCGAAGGAAACAAUAAUGCGUGAGUGUUGCUCUGUUCUGAGUUCAUUGGAUCUCAAAGUGCUGAUUUUGACGAGGUUCUGUGCUUUUUAUUUCUUCUCCUUCCUUCAAAUUUUUUGGAUUUUUGAACAAGGAUUGUUGCGGCUCUUGCUCGUAUUUUAUUUUAUAUUUAUUUCGGGUGCUUGUGGAAAUGUUUUUUUUCUUCCUUUUGCGGCGUAUUUUUGUUCCGUGCGGGAUGUGCUAGGGUUGACGACUUCCCGAGGCGGUUGUUUGAGGCUAUUUUUAUCCCGCUGGUUUUAUCUUCCGUGUUGAGAAACUUGGAGAGCGAAGGAAGUUGAAUUCAUUCAAAUCA